AGCGAAUAGAACCAAAGUGAGGCAGAAAAGUAUCAAGAUGAAGAUAAGAAUUGGUUUCAUUUGUAAAUUUAUACGAAUGAAGAUAAAAUUAGACGGAAAUGUUGAAAAUGAAACUAAUAGCUAUGAAAGAAAAAAAAAAUUAUAAAGAGAUUCCAGCUGCUUACACCAGAGUUCGUCAAGAACAUAUGUUAUUAUUAAAAAAAUGAAAAUAAAACAUUCAUAAUCUCCCGCCAAAGGGAGAUGCUCCCAUCAAGACUAGGUGAUCCAAGGUCAAGAUGGCAGACAAGUACCGGUACUGCAGCCAAAUAUUUUCUAACUUCAGGCAAAUAUUGCAACAGUCAAAGAGCUUGAAAACGUUGCAGAGCAAUCAGAAUCAAGGUGGGAUGCAUACCAUGUCAAGCCAUCGUCACACCAACAGAGGCAAUGGAGUAAACGAAAUAUGCGAAAAGGAUAAAAAUAUGUUUCGCCUCAGCUUGGCAAUGUGUGGCCCCGAUAGCCCCCAGGGAUUCGAGGUGUACACCGAGAUCCAAACCUCGAUUUCGUUUGAUCGACAAAAAUGGAUAUUAAUAAAUAAGUUCAUUAUUUUAUUGUGGAUCAAUGACAUCAUAACCUUAUGUCUCGCUCUUGCUAUUGUGGAGUACCUAAUGAGCUGAUUGUGUAAAAAUAAAUUUAAAAUGUUGGCUGUCAAAUAUUUUUCAUCAUAUCAUCUGGUCAUAUCAUAUGGUCUAUUCUACAGGAUACGUCCAUGAGAAAAGG